AUGAAAGCCACAUGGGCACAGAAGAAGGGGCUGCAGGUGCCAGAGAGCUUCAAGGCACCCGCCCAACAAAGUGCAGAGGAGUCCCCACUGCGCGACGAGGACUACAAGGCCCGCCGCGCUGGGGAUCCGGCGAGCCCGCACCGCCAUGAGAAGGCCCGGAGUGCCAUCCUUUCGGCCAUCGAGAUGUUGUCAGGGGAGGAUGCCCGGAAAGCACCGGGAUCCGACUCCGCGAAGGAGGCUGUCCUGGUGCAAGACACCGUCGAGCCUGUUCGCGUCCGAGCCGUACGACCUGGGCCCUCAGCUGACCCACGAGAGCAGGCUCCCCCCGCAGCCUGCCACACGCCGAUGCAGCCGCCGCCAGCGGCUGCCGCAGUGCUGCAGGCUGCCAGUCCCCCCCCGAACCAGUCAGCCUGUCGCCGGUUCGUGGUUGCACCACCGAUGCUUCCGACGGCUUCUCUACAGGCUUCCACGCCGAUACUUGCCACGAGGGUCCUGUCUCCUGUGCACGGAGUCUGCCCGACGGCGCAGGUGCCCGUGCCAACCGGGACAGUGUCGCCCUGCAGGCCUGUGGUCUUCCGGGAUAUGCGCCAUGUACAGGCCACGUCCCCGCCGAGAUCUGUGUCGCCGUGCCGGCCUGUCGCAGCAACUCCUCCGGUGAUGCGUCCCAGCGCACUGGCAGUGCAGCAUCAGCAGCACGAGAUGCAGCAGCUGCAGUCAAACCUCAGGCGUAUGAACUUCGAGCGACUCCCUGCACACUUGGGUCCUCGUUCGGCCAUUUCUCGGUCACAGUCUCCUCAACAAGGAGCCCCUCCUGAGGUAAGGACGGCCUCGCCCCUGGCCAUGAGAGCGCCAGGUGCGGCGUGGCCGACGGUACCGGUUCCUGGCAGUCCACCAGUUCCUGGCACUCCAGUGGCCUACGUUCCAAGGUCCAUGUCUCCGACGCCCAGCCAGGCUUGUGGUCAGCCCCGUACGGAGUCCCCACUGCAACCGCGCGCGGUCUAUCCGGUUGUGGCCGUCGCGCCGACUGUGCCCCAACCGGUGCUCUACAGUGCGCCAGUGGUCCAGAUGCGCCCGGCAGUGUGCGCAGGUGGUCCAGGGACCCCCACACUCCUGACGCGCGUGCUAACGCCGAGACAGCAUGAGCCACGUCGCGAGGUGCCGGCAGCCUUGCGGAUCGCAGCGCCCAUCUUCGGGGCCAAGGAGGCGGCGCCAGCGCCCAUAAAGGCAACAACGCCGCGGAAGCCGGCUGCAGCGAACAGCGCUGAGCCACCGCCUCCUCGACAGUUCACUCCGGCUCCUGCUGGCACCAUGGAGCGCGUCAUCGUGAGAUCGGGCACGCGCAGCUGA